CAUCUCUCACCCCAGCUUUUCAUUCUGAUCGAUAUGGCUGAUGCCAUGACUUACGCUGACCUGAGGUUCAUGAAGGUUCCACAGAACGAUUUCCAACAAGAAUGUACUGAUCAUGAACUAGGGGAAGGAGAAAUUAUGUAUGAGAAUGUGAGGAACCUAAAAGCUCCCACAGAAAAUGCAACAACUGAGGGGCCCUGGAUUACAGCUACUGCAGGAUGUCAGGCAUGUGCCCCUUACCUAACCCAAGGGCUUCUAGUGUUUUGUCUUAUUUUUACUGGGACCACAAUUGGAAUGACAGUAAAAUAUGUUAAGGUCUCCAGUGAAUUACAGCAGUUGUCUGCUAUUAAAGACAAACUGUCUGACAGAAUACAGAGCAUGGAGCGCACACUAGGUGACACUGAUGUGACACUGACCAGGAACAAUCAGGAACUAGAGCAAGUACUGCAGAAUCACAGUGACACCAGCAAAACCUUACUGCAGUGUCAGCAAACAGCCAGAGAGGCAGCACAGAGUCUGCACGAUCUACAGGCUACAAAGGAGGAAAUCCUGCAGGAAAAAGAAAGUAUUGCUCAGACGCUGAGGGACAAAGAAGAAGAAUUAAAAAGAAUUGAGGAAGGUUAUUGCCCUCAGGGUUGGCGGCUAUUUGAUAAGAGAUGUUUAUACUUUUCAAAAUCAGAAAAAUCCUGGGCUGACAGUGUAAAGGAUUGUGAAAGCAAAAACUCUACUCUUCUUGUCGUUGAAAUGGAUGACACGGUUACUAAGAACUUUCUAGCCAAUGAACAAACAGAUUUCUGGGCUGGGAAAAAAAUGAUAAAAAUGUCACAUAAGCAAGAAUGGAUUUGGCCUUUUGGAUAUCAAUGGCAGUACCAUGGUUGUUACAAAAUAAAACAAGGCGCAGUGACAGCGGAGAUCUGCUCAGAUCAACACAAAUGGAUCUGUGAGAAAAAGCUUGUUCUGGUUGACAUGAAGACUUGGAAAGAUUCAUAUAAAGCUCCACAAUUCUCAAUUUCUGACAAUGUUUAUUCAUGUUAUGUUAAAUAUUAUUAGCUAUAGGGAAUACUGCAGCAGUUAUAUUUUGAGCAAAGGAGGCAGUUUUACCCAACAAAAGCAGAUAAUUCAUAUGACAAAUAAAGGUAAACAAGCUGUUUAUAAACAAUUUAAUACACACUAGCAUGCUUGGAAACACAUUAAAAGUGAAACAAAAAUGACUGCACACUUUCCCUUUAAGCACGAACAUUUCAUAACAUUAUGUGCCAGAUGUAAAGAGUGGGAUUAGCCAUCUCUCCAGGGAGCCUCUAGACCUACCAACAUUUUUGGAGGCAAACAAUAACUGCAAAAAAACAUAUGAGAGGUGGGGGAAGUCCCAUGAAGUUAAAACACAGUUUGUAACAAACUGGUGUUUUUUUAUUAUUAUUAUUUUAUGGAUCAUUAAAACUGCUUGUUUUACAAUGAAUACAAA